CAAAACAAGGUCUUGUACUGUACAGCCUACGCACUUUUACCCAUUUAUAGUCCAUCUUUGCCUUUAUACCCGGGGGGUAAAAGAAAAGAAUUUGGAGAAACCAUCAGUCCAUCACUCUGACCGCAAGGCAAAGCUCCUCCUCCUCCUCCUCUUCAGUCCCAAUUCACCCGAAAUGUUCAAGACAAAGCUGCAAGAGUUGUGCCAGCGUCUGGCAUUGCCGCUGCCGGAGUACACCGCCACCAUGGAAGGCCCGCCUCACGAGGCCAAAUUCAACGCCACCGUGACCGUGAAUGGCUUGCCGUUUCACGCCACGCCCAGCAAGUGCCGCACAAGCAAGGAGGCGCAGAACCUUGCUGCUAGCUUUGCAUACGAGUACUUUUCCGCCAAUCCGCCGGAAGUCGCCCUCACUCCCCCCCGGUCUUCGCCCUCAGAUCCCGCUCCGGCUCGACUUCCCGAUCACAUCGCCUUUGAUCAAGGCCAAACUCUGCCUGCUGACCCCCUACCUGUUUGUUCACCUCAGCCUCCUCAUCAUUCAUCUCACCCACAAAUCUCUACAGAUUUGCUCGAUGGCCCCCAACCCGAUUCACCAGCCCCUCAGCAAGCACUGAUUCAUAAUCAUUCAUCAGCAACUGCAGAGGAGAUCUUUACUGCUCCGGUUGAUACCCCCCAACCUCAUACUCCCCUGCUUCAGCAAACACAGAAUCAGAGUCAUUCAUCUCCACAGGGAAUCUCUACAGGUGGUAGAGUUUUGUACAAGUCAAAAUUGCAAGAGUUAUGCCGUAUGCGGGCAUGGAAACCGCCUGAGUACACGACCGUGAAAGAAGGACCUGAUCACAGGCCUCAAUUUACUUCAACAGUCAUUGUCAACGGAGUUCCCUUCAAAACUCCACACAACCAAAGUCGUUCUUCCAAAGAAGCAACCAGCCUUGCUGCUUGUGUUGCCCUAGAGCACUUAACUGGCGUCAAGCCAGUCUCCCAGGAAGGCCUUUUCCCAUCAAGUGCAGCAGAUAAUACUGAUGUCAAGGUGCAAAAUAAUGAAAGAAAUGCACAAACACCUGAUUUCAGUUCAACACCAUUGGCGGGUAGAGAGACAUAUAAAUCUUCAGAUGUACUACAUAUCUACAAGAAUCGGCUUCAACAAUAUGCUCAGAAGCAGGGGAUGACUCUUCCUUAUUAUUCUACUGAAACCGAAGGACCACCACAUGAGCGCCUCUUUAGAUCAAAAGUUGCUAUUGCUGGAAACAUCUAUGAAAGUCCACAAUAUUUCCGUACAUUGAAAGAAGCUGAACAAGCAGCUGCGAAAGUUGCUCUUGAGGCAUUAUCACCCGUUGAAAUUCAAAAGGGUGGAGGUCUAUACAAGACCCUUUUACAGCAACUUGCACAAAAACUGGGGCACCUUUUCCCAGUGUAUAAAACAAUCCAGUGUGGUCCACCUCAUGCUGCUUCUUUCAUAAGCACUGUGCAAGUUGGUGAAGAAACAUUCCAGGGGCAUGAAGCUAAGAGCAAAAAGCAAGCUGAGAUGAAUGCUGCUGAGGUUGCUUAUGAUACUUUGGUAAACUGUUCGAAUAUCUGCACGAAGAGGCAGAAAACAUCAACUUCCCCCGGGACCCAUAUCUCGUGUCAGCCCACCCCUCAUGGUGUCUCUUUAUGCCAAUAGGUACACAUUUGUAUCAGUUCAAAGACAUAAAAAACACCAGCGGCUUCUAUUACUCAUCCGUCUCUCCCUAAAAAAAUAUUUUGUUUCGUCACCGUUUGAGCAUCAUGGUAUUUUUACAUAAGUCUGAGUUCAAUGUCGAUGAACCCGCUAAGAUAGUUUGCAUCAUUAUGUUCAGUCUUUAUCUCUUUUGACUUUGGUAUUAACUAGUUGCAUUGAAAAGUGUAAUGUUUAAUAGAUAAGCGGCAGUGAGAAGCAUGACCUUGGUCUAUCAGUGUAUCAAGGAGCAGUAUUUCCUGGUCAAGCUUCCAUUUUAUCUUGCAGCAAAGGAUGGUGGUUGAAGUAAAGUCGAAUGCUAAUUAAGGGCGCGUGUGUUACAUCUAUGGUGUCUUAACUAUGCUACAAUCACCCAUCCUCUUAAAUUGGAUAUUUAAUGUUUUGUUGAAUUCUUGCUAGUGUUGAUGUGGAUGCUUUUUGUUUGGAUACUUAUUGAUUAGUGUUAAUGCCCUUGAAUAUUAUUAACUGAUAAAUUUUCAGCUUUGGG